AUGUUCGUUUUGCGCGUAACUAAGAGCCGUAAAUUAUCGGUUGUCACAUGGGCGACAUGUCCAACUGCUUGGAAAGAGCAACACCAUCGUAGUGACCACGAUGGUCCUACCCUAAUAUUACAAGCGGUCGCGUAUCAAGAUUUAUGGAUUUGGCAUGCGUACUUUGGCAUAGCGGGUGCGAACAAUGACAUCGCAGUUUUACAAUCUUCGAAUCUUUUAGACCAUGUCAUAGAUGGUGUUGCACCAGAUACUUCAUUCUAUGAAAACAACGUGGAGUAUAAGUAUGGGUACUAUCUCACAGACGGUAUUUAUCCGGAGUGGGCAACGUUUGUGAAAACUCUUUCGUGGCCAGAUGACGAGAAAAGAAUGUAUUACAAGAAGAAACAAGAGUCCGCAAGAAAAGAUGUUGAGCGGGCUUUCAGUGUGUUAAAAAUGAGAUGGUCUAUCAUUGCCCACCGUCGAGAUAUUGGAGGACUUGGACAGAGUGUUUUGUGGAGAAAGUUAUGA